GAGCCAGUGACCAAAUUGGGUUAUUAUUAGAAAUUGGCGGGAAAAUAGGACACACAUUCCAGCGACACCGCCUCGUUUGAAAUCCAAGGAGAAGAAGAAUGGAUGCGGAACCAAAACCAUCGUCGUCGGAGGCGUCGUCUUGCUGGAGAAAAGAAUUAGACACCAACCUUAAGAGGCUCCAAUCUCUUCUAUUCGGCGCGGACAUCGCUCUCGAGAAGCGAGAUUACUCUUAUGCUCAACUACUCUCCCUCCGUCUCAUCGGUUUCCUAGAUUCUCAGUCCUUAAACGACGUAGACGAAGCCAUCAUUCGUCCAAUUCGCCGUGAAGCUCUCUCGAAACUGGAUUCUGCUAGUCAAUCACUCAUUCCUGACUCGGAUCGUCAAGCGUUUGAGCUAGCUGGUAGAGAUCCAGGGGUGGCUUUCCACAAGCAAGGGGAUAUCAACAUUGAGAAAAUUAAGCAAUCAAAAUAUUUUAAAGCUCUUCUCCAACAUUCUAAAGGAAAUACUCUAAAUGAGGAUGAUGAACCUGAAAAGAAGGAAGAUAUCAGUGGCAAGACUUCAAAAGUUCCUGUACAUGGAAAAUCAACAACCUUUUAUGGAGGCAUCUCAAGGACAAACAACAGUAUACAUAAUAGUUUUGUCAACUCAGUAGGAAAUGGUCUCAAGGAUUGUAAUCUUGUUGAGGGUCGUGGUUUGUCUACAUAUAUAAAUUCUGAGGAAGAAAGAACAAAUGGAAGUAGCUUGAGACCCAAGCGAUCUCGCAUGGAAACCAUUAGCCCAAAGAAUGAAAUACUCUUGUCUCCAUCAAGCAAGAAUGAAGCUGAUACUGGUAUUACUGGCAAUGGUUUUGUUACUGCUAGAACAAAAUUGGAAAUGGAUGCGAGGCAAAAGAGAGGGAUGGCUGGAUCACCAAAUUCUUCAGUUUCCCCACAAAGUGAUGGAAACAACAGAGGCUAUGGUGUCAAAUCCUAUCCACCACGCCGUGGAAUCCGUGGUUUUGUUCCCCCUAUUAGAUCCAACGGGGGUAAUACUGGUAAUGUAGCUUCACGUGCAAAUGCAACAAAAGGUGAAGAUGCAUUAGAUGAUUCAACAAAAAGAUGCAUGGAUGCGCUAUGUGGUCCUGAUGGUGAACUUCCAGAGAAGUUAAGGAAUUUAGAGCCUCGCCUUAUUGAGCACAUUAGUAAUGAGAUAAUGGAUGGUAAACCCAAUGUUCGUUGGGAUGAUAUUGCUGGAUUGCAUCAUGCAAAAAAAUGUGUUACAGAAAUGGUGAUAUGGCCUUUGUUACGCCCUGAUAUUUUCGAAGGUUGUCGUUCUCCAGGACGAGGGCUUCUUCUAUUUGGCCCACCAGGAACGGGUAAAACUAUGAUAGGUAAAGCUAUUGCUGGAGAGUGUAAUGCAACAUUUUUUUACAUAUCUGCAAGUUCACUAACCAGUAAAUGGAUUGGAGAGGGUGAGAAGCUAGUGAGGGCUCUUUUUGGAGUUGCCAGCUGUCGUCAGCCAGCUGUAAUAUUUGUGGAUGAAAUUGAUUCUCUGCUGUCCCAGCGUAAGUCAGAUGGUGAGCAUGAGUCAAGCAGGCGACUUAAGACGCAGUUUCUCAUUGAAAUGGAAGGAUUUGAUAGUGGAAGUGAGCAGAUUCUACUCAUAGGAGCGACAAAUAGACCACAAGAGUUAGAUGAGGCAGCUAGGAGGCGAUUGACAAAGAGACUUUAUAUUCCACUCCCUUCCUCAGAAGCAAGAGCCUGGAUAGUUCGUAAUCUUUUAAACAAGGAUGGACUUUUUAAUCUCUCAACAGAGGAUAUUGAUACCAUAUGCAAAUUAACACAUGGGUAUUCAGGAUCUGAUAUGAAGAAUUUAGUCAAAGAUGCUUCCAUGGGUCCACUCAGGGAGGCUCUGAGACAAGGCACUGAAAUCACCAAACUUCAAAAGGAGGAUAUGAGGCCAGUUAGUCUACAGGACUUUGAGAAUGCACUACAGGAGGUGAGACCUUCUGUUUCUCUGGAUGAACUUGGCACAUAUGAAAUUUGGAAUAAUCAAUUUGGGAGCUUAUCGCCAUCAACAAAGUAGCCUCCAAGUAAAUUUGAUAUUUAGUUUAUUCAUAACUUGAAGGGGCGCAAGUUUCAAAGCCUCUCUUGUGUAAGAACUUGAAAUCGUUUCAAAAUGUUCAAUGACAACUAUUUUUACUCCAUAA